GUUUUAAACUACUUAAAGCCUUUACAUGUUGUAUUGUACUUCACCCUUCUCUUUCCCAUUUCAAUUCUGCUGUCACUUGUAAAUUCUGUCUGAAUCAUUUUUUGUAAUACAAGAAUUCAUGGGUUUCUGCAAGAGUGCUUGUGGUUUAUUAAUUGUAUCAGUAAUAAUGAUAAUGUGUAGCAAGGUUGCAGAAUCAACUGGGAUAGGAGUGAACUGGGGAACCAUUUCUUCCCACAGAUUAUCACCCACCACUGUUGUAGAUCUUCUCAAAGACAACAAUAUUAAGAAGGUGAAGUUGUUUGAUGCAGACCCAGGUUCACUUAGAGCUCUUAUGGGUAGUGGUAUUGAGGUUAUUAUUGGGAUUCCCAAUGAGCUUUUGGGAGCUAUCAGCUCUUUACCUGCUGCUUCUGAUCUUUGGGUUGCUCAGAAUGUUUCCAGAUAUGUGGGCAGAGGUGGCAUCAAUCUUAAGUAUAUUGCGGUGGGAAAUGAACCUUUCCUUACAAGUUACUCAGGGCAGUUCCAGUCUUACGUGAUGCCUGCUCUAACAAAUUUACAGCAGUCCUUGGCAAAGGCAAAUCUUGGAGGAUUAGUAAAGCUAGUUGUCCCUUGUAACGCUGAUGCUUAUGAGGCCACUAUUCCUUCUCAAGGGACGUUCCGUAGUGAGUUAAUGCAGAUAAUGACUCAACUUGUUUCAUUCCUCAACUCCAAUGGUUCACCUUUUAUGGUUAAUAUCUACCCAUUUCUAAGCCUAUAUGGAAACUCAGACUUUCCUCAAGAUUAUGCCUUCUUUGAAGGGUCAAAUCAUCCUGUGACAGAUGGGCCGAAUGUUUAUUACAAUGCAUUUGAUGGAAAUUAUGACACUUUGGUAUCUGCUCUCAGUAAACUUGGGUAUGGUCAGAUGCCUAUAGUCAUAGGGGAAGUGGGUUGGCCUACAGAUGGAGCCCCUGGUGCAAAUCUUACUGCGGCAAGGGCUUUUAACCAAGGCCUCAUAUAUCAUGUUUUACGUAACACCGGCACCCCUCUGAGGCCAGGUGUCCCACCAGUUGAUAUCUAUCUUUUCAGUCUUCUUGAUGAAGGGGCAAAGAGUGUACUCCCAGGAAACUUUGAAAGACAUUGGGGUAUCUUCUCUUUUGAUGGCCAGGCAAAGUACGCCCUCAAUUUGGGCUUGGGAAAUAAGUUUCUGAAAGAAGCAAGGAAUGUCAAAUAUCUACCAUCGAGGUGGUGUGUGGCAAACCCAUCCAGGGACCUUUCUGGGGUGGCCAACCACUUUAAACUCGCCUGUACGGUUGCAGACUGCACUACGCUUAAUUAUGGAGGAUCGUGUAAUGACAUUGGGGUAAAUGGGAAUAUCUCAUAUGCUUUUAACAGUUAUUAUCAGAUAACAAAACAGAAUUCACAAAGCUGUGACUUUGAUGGAUUAGGGAUGAUCACUUUUCUUGAUCCCUCCAUAGGCGAGUGCAGAUUUCUUGUCGGGGUCACUGAAUACAGCAAGUCUUUAGGCUGUGGCUUGGAUAACAGGUGGGCUACGGGUUUGUUGUUGAUUAUUUGGGUGGUUUGGGUUUUGAUGAAGUGAGGGAUUUCGAAGUGGUUUUUCAAGGCAGUUCCACUUCCAUUUAAUUAGAAAAUUAGUAGGUGUAAUGAAUGUAUACUAUAUAGAUGGUGCAAUUUAGAGUUUAGGCACACAGAUUUUAUUGUAGCUUCAGUCCCAUUUUUGGAUUCAUAUGUUUUCAUAUAUAUUAAGAGAGACUCAUUUUGUGUGUGAA